UCAGCCUCAAUACCACCACCACCACCUUCUCCUGUAAAAGAUUUAGGAAUGGAAAAUGAGUGUGAGUUUUUAAUUGACGAAUCGGAUGGUUUUUCUUUUACAUCCUGGUUUUCAAUUCCCAAAAAGAACAAAAAAAUAGAGAAGCAGGCCUUAUCAAAGCCUGAGCCACAAUCUCAGCCUUCCGAAAAGAAAAAGGCAGUUGUACAAGAAAGCAAGAAACGCAAGGAUAGAAAGGCACAGAAUGAAGUACCUGUUAAACUGACUCGUAUGGAACAGUCGAAAAUGAAAACAUGUGACGCUGUUGAACGGAUACAAGCCGAGUUACAAAAUGCUUCGGAUACAAAUCUAGGUUUAGCUGACAAAAAGAGAGAGGCUCUUAAAUCUGUAAGGCAAAGCAGUCCUCACGUGGAAGAGAGUAAAAAACACACACACGGACAAAGAUCCACAAGAACCCCAAACAAGAAAAACUCCACGGCCCAGAAACAGAUACAGCCCAAAAAAUUCACUUUUUCAGUUUCCAAAUCAGACACAGAUAUUUCCGAUACAGAACAACCUAAACCAACAGAAAUACCUAAUGGAGAUCCCUUUGGAUCUUGUAGUAUGACUGAGCAGCCUCAAGAGAAAGUUGUGUUUUCAGAAGAGGAUCAUAAUUUUCCAAAACCUCCCCAGUCCAUUUUAAAAACUGCUCUACGUUCAUCCCACAAGAAACAAACUGCUAAGCAGAAACUUUCAAAAAUUGCAUCGUCUAAAAAACUGGUAGAAAACCGAAGAAACAAAGUUAGAAAAUCUACCCUUAAAUCCAGUAGUAGAAAAUCCAGGAUACAAAUCUCAGAGGAGAGUUCUGAAAGUGAGUCCAUAGAGGAGGUGGCUGAAAGAGAGCUUUUAAAGUCAAACAAAGUGUUUUCCCCUUCAUUGCAACAGGAAUCACCGACUUCUGCAUUACAGAAGUCCCAUAAAUCCCCCAAACCUAAAAACUUCAUACAUUCACUGGAAUCAUCUGGUAAUGUACAUAUCAAAACUCCUGCAAAAUCUAAAAAACCUUCACAGAUUUUCAUAGACAAUACAGAAGACUCUGAGGGGAAAAGAGCAUCAGCUAAAUCUCUACGGAGGACAGCUACUCGGAUUAAUCAAAGAACUAAUAUGAUUGAUUGUUCAAAUCCUGAAAAUGCUGAACCUGGGAAUACAACAGAUCACAAGGGUUCUUCUGGCCAGGACAUGGCAGAACAAAACCACAAGAAGUCAAAUGCAUCUGUGAAAACAAAAUAUAAAAAACAGAGUAAUCUCCACCGAUCACAAGUCUCUCCUGCACCUGAGAAAAACAAGAAUCAUAACAGUGGGCUUGUACUGAAACGUUAUGUAAAAUUUACUUCAAAAAAUGACGAGCCUAUUGCGUGUGAGUGGGACGAUUCAUCUUCAGAUAAAUCUAUAGCCUUGAAGGGUGAUGCAAGUGAAUUUUUGUCAAACACACCACUAAAGCAUAAACUAGUAAUGCCAUCCCAAACACCCAAUGUUCGUCGGACAAAAAGAAUACGACUAAAGCCUUUGGAGUAUUGGCGAGGGGAGCGCGUGAACUAUAUGAUGAGACCUUCAGGAGGGUUUGUGGUAGGUGGAAUAGUGUCUCCUGAAAAGGAUCCAUGCAAGAAGGCUAGCGUAAAGAGAAAACAUACGCCAAAAACAAGGCAUCAUGUUGUUGAAUAUUUGAAUGUCUCCCUAGCAGAUACUUCUAAGCCAACUGCUGUAUGGGACCCAACAAUUAAUGAAGAGGUUUUGCUAGAGUGUGUCAACACUGGACGUAAUCAUUCUUGUUUCUUUAAUGAUGAGUCAGUGGAAAUAUAUAAAAACCUGAAUACAUCCGUUUUUGCUGCUGGUAAAUUGAUCUUGAAACCGCUUAAAGAAAAGGGGCACCAAUUUGUUUACACAGAUAAUAUAGCUUUCCAUGUUAUCCGUGGCAAGAUUAUUUUUACCCUUCAUAAGACAUCCUACUAUCUAACUACAGGAGAUUUUUUCUAUGUUCCAGAAGGAAAUGGAUACAACAUACGCAAUCUCCUGAAUGAGGAAAGUAUUCUUCUUUUCACACAGCUGAAAGGAGAAAGUUCAGUGCUUUCAUCUUUUUUUGAAAAAGGAAGAUGAGAUCUAGGCCAAUUAUAGAACGUUCAUUAAAUGAGUCCUCUUCCCCAUAGCCUGUCCAGCAAAUUGGAGAUCAUCUUACGUUGGAUAUGGGGGGAUUCUAAAGAAGUCCCCAUAAUGACUUUUCGGCUGGAAUUCUCUUCAGGUCUGGGAAUAUAUUGUUUCAUGGACAUUGAAACAGAUCUCUUUGUCAGCUGUAAGUUGUAAAUUUAUGUAACCAUUUGUGGUCACACAAGUCAGUUCUGGUUUUGUAUCAAUAAAGAGUAAAUAGUGUAAA